GUUGAAUUCUGUAGCAUGAGCCACAUAAGUGUGAUAGUCUGAAACAAUUUACGAAAAUCAUCUACACAAAGAAUAUAUAAAUAAUAAUAAUAACAUAGAAAAGAUGCCGGAUAAAGUGCAGCAGAGCUUUGUGCGCUCCUUCAUAGACUAUUUGAAGAAGCAGGUGGAUGUGAUGUCGCCCGAUCAAAGCGAAUCAAUUGAGGUGGCCAUACAGUGUUUGCAAGCCGCAUUCGAUGUUGGUGAUGAAGACGAGCAGCUGGAAUCGGUGGAAGAUCAAGUUCAGGCCACCUCACAGUCCGCAACAGGCUCAACACAAGGUGGUGAUGGAUCUGGCCCAUCGGGAUCUGCUGGUAAUGUGGUCAAUAGCAAGAAUAUUGAUAUGUUUGAGCUCUUCCAAUCGUUGUACAUUGAACGAAAUCCCGAAUCAUUGGCUCUGGCCGAUUCCAUUAAAAAUGAGGGCAAUCGACUAAUGAAGGAGUGCAAAUAUAAUGAGGCUCUGCUCCAAUAUAAUCGAGCCAUAACCUUUGAUCCCAAGAAUCCCAUUUACUAUUGUAAUCGUGCCGCUGCCUACAUUCGUCUGGGUGAUAAUACGCGGGCCGUAACCGACUGCAAAUCAGCUUUGCUGUAUAACAACAACUAUAGCAAGGCAUAUAGCCGUCUAGGUGUUGCCUAUUCCAAUCUGGGCAAAUUCAAUGAGGCAGAACAGGCCUAUGCCAAGGCCAUUGAUCUGGAGCCUGAUAAUCAAGACUACAGAAACAAUCUGGAGGUGGCCAGGAAUGCACGUAAUCAGCCACCACAACUAUCACAUCUCACAGAUGGUCUGAAUGCCAUGCUGGCCAAUCCCAACAUAAGAAAUCUAUUCAGCAGUGCUGAAAUCGAUCUGGAGCAAUUACAAUCGAUGACACAAAACCCCAUGGUAAUGAAUACAAUUGGACAGCUGUUUGCCAAUAUGGGUGCACCAGGAGCAGGAGGAGCAGGUGCUGCACCCGCCGGCGGUGGUGGUGGUGGUGUUGGUGGCGGUGCCCCUCCCCAGAUACCAGCCAUGCCAAAUGACAUGCUACAAUUGUUCCAGAGCUUUGCAAGUCAAUUGGUGGGCGCUCAGCAGCCCGGUGCCGGUGCUCCUGGUGAUGGCCAACAGCAGCCUGGUAAUCAGCAACCUCCACCCGGCAUUUAGUUUGCGCUUAUAUCCAUAUAAAUACAAAUGUGUGUUUUUUUCGUCUUUCCCAAUACCCUAAAACUCAUCGUGAUUUGGAUUUGAGCCAAACAAACAGGAAACAAAACAUUUAACAAAAAACAGAAAUUAAAUAUAAAAAUUAUAUGUUCGGAAUUCAUUGAGAAAGGGAUCUAUUUCACAUAUACAUGCAUACAUAUAUUAUAUUUUUAUUGAUUAUAAUAAAUAUAAAGAAAAACAAAAUA